UCCUUGAUCGCACGACGGUGUGGUCAGAACUUAACUUGUUGCCUCGUGGGCUCUCAUUACUAAACUUCGGGCGAUCUGAAACCGAGGCUUCUCCGGCGACAGAGAUCCGUGCGAGCAUCCCUUGUACUCUUAUUGUACAUACCAUACUUUGUCAUUCCUGUAGGCGAGGCCACACAAUAUCAUUACGUCGGCAGUCGCUAGGACUGCGGGACGGGAGUAUAUCAAGUAACCUGAAGUCUGAUGGCGGCCUGGCAGUGAUGCAUUGAUGUUCGAAGCAUUGCCAGCGCUUGAAAAGCAGAUCAGUAUAAAGACAAUUGAAUCAAACGGCAUACGAGCACUGUUCACCACACGAUCAUCGAUUUCUACUCAACAUGUCAGACACCGGAUUUUCACAAAUUAUCCAUCAUCCUCAGUAUUUCAUUCCCACGGGGGACACUGAGUUUUUAGCGCAAAACGUGCUUUUCAAAGUACAUCGUUAUUUCUUCGAGCGCGAGCCAAGCUCUUUCAGAGAGAUAUUUUCCGAUAAUGUUGCUCACACCAAGCCUUAUACGUUGGAUGUUAAACCCGAAGAUUUUGCCCACUUCCUAGACUUCGAAUACGAGAACCAGCCGCUUGAGAAGUGGCUGGUGAUCUUAAGACUCGCAACACGGUGGGGCUUCGGCAGGGUGCGGAAGCUGGUCGUCCGCCAGCUCGAGAAACUCGACCUACAACCUAUCGACAAGAUCAAGAUCUAUUCCGACUUCAGGAUCGAUGCCCAGCUUCUGAUACCAUCAUACUCGACAUUGGCAAAGAGCCCCACGCUCCCUCCUCUUUCGGAGGCUGCAAAGCUUGACAUCGAAACGAUUCUCAAGCUCACCAUGGUGAGGGAAAGGGCGUUGCAGAAAGCAGCAGAGGAUGGAUGCCGUUCUCCAACGAGUGCGAGCGCCGGGGAUGGAGAUGUCAAAAGAUUCAUAUGCGAAAUUUUCGGCCUCCCCAACGUGACCAGCGCCUCAACGACUGAGCUACCAGGGACUGCUGCUGAUGGAGGUUCCGUAGGUGGGGUCAAUGACACCACGGGAAGCUCGGUUCCGACAUUGCAGAAUCCCGCUCCAGCGAAGAAGAAGAAGAAUGCCAACACAAAUGGCACCUCCAACACGGUAAGUGGCUGUCGUACGUUCAAACUCUACGUUUUCUGAGUCUGCAUAGAAUGGUCAGCACGCAAAUGGAAGGGCACCCCCCUCCUAGGGUACGCUGCGUGACAUUUUUUUGACACUGGGCUUCUCUCGUUGAUUCACAAUACGAUCAUUCGUUCAGGUAUCAGAAUAUGCGCUCGCAGUAGAAAACAAUCCUACGAGAUUUUGUCCAUACGGGUGAAGGGGAGAAGUUCGUGUAGGCGCACAUGUACUCUGUAGAUUUAUUGGUCCGGUAUAUAUUGUGUGUACAGGUAGAAGACGCUUGAACGAUGCUCACCAAAUAAGGGGUUCGAAAUUUGUAUUUUAACGCUCUGCCUCGAUUUCCUUCCGUACUUGGCGGACCAGUCAGCUGGAUGU